GAGCCUACUAAAAAUUUUAUUUUCCUAUUUUAUUUUAUUUGCUUGGCGCAUCUGUUUUGUUUGCCCAUAUAACUGAUAUGAGAUGGGACUGGGAGAAAUCAUCUGCUGCAGCAGUUUGCCUUUGGUUUACGUACUAACUGGCUGCGGUUGUUAAUUUAUUAUGGACGCUUUUGAUGGUUUUGUAAAAGAGUACACUGGAAUUUCGGUCGAUAAAUUUGUGGAACGAAACUUUCGAUCGGUGGCUUUCUUCUUAUCCCAUUGUCACCUGGACCAUAUGGCAGGACUCGCGACGGAAUCCUUCGAAAAUUUUCUUAAAAGAAGCGCCAAUGUUAGUAUUUAUUGCUCAGAAGUUACAGCGGAACUGCUUCGAUCUAACAGUAGACUUGCACCUUCCCGGACUGUGUUAUCACGACUGAUUUCCCUACCGGAAUAUUUUCCAUCGAACAUAAAUAUUUUAAAUGGCGACAAAAAAGGAACCGUCUCCGUUACCUUAAUACCGGCUGGGCACUGUCUGGGAUCUGUGAUGUUUCUGUUCGAUGGCGAUAAAGGAAAAGUAUUAUACACUGGAGAUUUCCGCUAUUACGCUGAUCAGAUUGAGAAGUGCGAGGUGUUAUUGAGUCUGUCUGGCACGUUAACUGCGCUAUACCUGGAUACGACGUUUUGCGAUCCCUACAGUCGCACGUUUCCCAAACGGGAACAAUGUAUCCGUGGUGCUGUUCGGCAAAUUAAAGAAUGGACGUUGAAUACAAAUGCUGUGAUUUGUUUGGAUUGUCGUAUGGAAUACGGUUAUGAACCAUUCUUCGUAGCUUUGCACCAAGAGUUGGGCGAAAAGAUCCACGUUUCGUCGAAAAAAUAUUCCCUGUACAGAGGUUUGCCAGAAAUUCUGGACGCUUUGACCCUUGAUGGGGAUAGUACGCGUCUGCAUCUAUGUGCACCGGGUAAAUGUAUUAGGACUCAAAGGAAAACUGACCGUGAAUUAUGCACAAUCAAACUCUGUGCACAGACGUUUGUCGUUCGCAAGCGUUGCGGACAGCUGUACAUUGCCAACAGCAGGCUUUCCUAUAGUUAUUGCUACUCCAUGCACAGCUCUCUCGACGAAAUACAAAAAUUUGUGGAUUUCCUUAAACCCGACAGCAUAGUUCCCUGCGCUGUUCCACACAGUGCCACUGUGCACACGAUACUAGGGUAUUUAAAAACUUCCGACAUAACGGAGGCGGAACCAGUCAACAUACCCAAGAUCCCAUUUCAAGGACCGACUUUCUCAUUAAAUGAUGGUUCCAAAAAUGCAGAUAUUGAAAGAAAAGAUUGCAUCGAAGAGGAAAUGCUGAGUUUCGAAGACGAAGUUGUUUUACCGCGAAGAAAGAGGAUGAAAAAUUCAUGACAUUACCUAAUUGUUUUUUUUUCACUUGUCAGAGGUUUCUUCUAUUGUUGGUUGUUACUGCUUUAAUGUGACACAUGUUUAUCAUAAGAUUUUGAACACUUAACAAGCUUUUCGAGAGCAUAAACAUGAAAAAUCGGUUCACGCUUUACAACUGUUU